UUUCUCUUCCAUCUCCUCGUUCGCAGACUGUAAUUUCUAGGGUUAGAGGAUGGGGGGUGUAUUUUCGAAUCCGUUAAAAUCCUCACUAAAAGAUGCUUUUAAAGAUGAUGAGGUGAUGAAACCUCUUAGAAAUCAAGGUAUUGUUUUGGUAAAAGAAAUUAGUCAAGAUGAAGAUAUUAAAAAUCAAGGAGUUGUCUGGGUUAGACAAAUCGUUCAAGACAAAGAAAUUAGGGUUGCAGGUACUGAGUUUGUUUCUGAAGUUCUUGCAAAAGAGGAUGUGACUAAACAACUUUCAUUGGUAUUGAAAGGGGUGGAGACGAACAUUAAAGAUGUUAGAACUACUCUUGCAAUUGGUUUUGGGAUAGGACUUCUUCUCUAUGGAUUGAACACGAUUCAGAAUCUAUUUGGAAAACCACCACCACCAGCAGCGGCGGCGGCUGCAUCAGCUUCGGCAGCAGCAGCAGCAGCGGCUUCAACUGCUAGAGAAGCGGCAGCAACAGCUACUUUCUACACUGCAGCGCUCCAGUUACCCCGAACUUCGGAGGAAUGAUGUAGGUAUUAUGAACUGAUUGGAGUUUAACAUGCAAAUAUGGUGGAUAAGAGGGAAGGUAAUCUAGGGUAACAUAAUACUAUGUAAACAGAUAAGCUGACUUCAGGGUAUAAAUAGAAGUUCAUUAUGGGCUCUUCCCACUUUUGUUGAUUAGGGAAGACGAAAACAUAAGUAGUUCAUUAUGGGUUCUUCCCACUUUUGUUGAUUAGGGAAGACGAAAACAUAAGUUUACGUUUUAAAAAGUUUCAAACGUACAUAUUUCACUUUUGGGUAUGGUUUAAAACUGGUUUAAAGCUCGUAUUCUAAUUAUUAUGGUCAUACUAAUUGAAUCUUAUUUGGAUUCUUGUGGAUUACUGUAUCAAAUUUGAAUUAUAUGAAGGUUCAAUGUGGAUUUAUUA